ACUACGUGACUGUGCCGUGGAAUGCGGAUUGAGAUCUUCAUGUGUUGGACUUAAUUAUGAGAGGCUUGCAAAAAUGUGCGAGCUGCUUGGAGCGUCUUCUUUACCAUUUGAAGCUGGCAAGAGCAAAGGUUGGGUAUACGUACAAAAGGAUGACGCAAUGAAGAAGGACAUUAUGACUGAAUACUGUGGUAGCAGUGAUGAUUGCCCUCCUGGGCAAACAUGUUGCAAAGAAGGCUCAAACUUCCGGUGUGGAAUUAAAGAAUGUCUCAAACCCAUUGCAAUUUCCGGUGACUACAAACCAAAUGGCGGCUUUAUGCUACACGUUGGCGCUACGAUCAGGAUGACCAGUAACAUUAGCCGUCCAUACUUCAUUCGGUGCUGUGCCAACGGCAGUUGGGCGGAGAAUAAUUGUUCAGCAACACCAGUGUCAACAUUACCACCUGUAACACCAGCUGUAGCCACAACGACGUCAAAUCCGACGUCAUCGGCGGCUCAGACGUCACAGGAAGCAUCAACGACGUCAAAUCCGCCGUCAUCGGCAGCUCAGACGUCACCAGAAGCAUCAACAACGCAAAUUCCGACGUCAUCGGCGGCUCAAACGUCACCAGAAACAUCAACGACGUCAAAUCCGACGUCAUCGGCAGCUCAGACGUCCCCAGAAACAUCAUCGACGUCAAUUCCGACGUCAACGGGGGCUCAGACGUCCCAAGAAACAUCAACGAGGCAAAUUCUGACGUCUCCAGUAACCACAACAACGCCAAUUAUAACUUCACAGACGACUUCAACACCACAACCGUCCAUAUCUAUCGAUGAAAACGAUUGGUACACUCUGGAAUCCGAGACAAGGAGGCGACAACUGGCACCAGUCAUGGAUGCUGAAUUAAGCUGGAAAAAUGCUAUGGUGGCUAGAAUUAUCUAA